AACCCCAAUUUCCCAUAUUUCCCAAAUUUCCCCCAUUUCUCUCUCUCUCCCCUCUCUCUCUCUCUCUCUCUCUCUGACGAUCCCCUCACCCCCACCUCCGCAGCGCGUAAUCGAUCAGAGAAUGGAUACCUCAACCCCCGCGGUAUUUGUUAAUGCGGAUGUUCUAAAGAUGUAUUUGGGGCGGAGGGUUAGGUCCGUGGUCCAAGUAAUGGGAAGUGAAGGUGGAACCAUCACAGGCCAAUCCACUGAUGGGCACCAGUUAACUAUAAAGGGUGCUCAGUCUUUCCCUCUGUCCCACUUCAUCGAGGUUAUUGGUAUUGCCGAUGGCAAUCAGUCCAUCCGUGCUGAAAUAUGCACUGAUUUCGGUGAAAAUUUUGAUACACAAGCAUACAACGGACUCUGCCAACUUGCAAAUGGUAAGUACAAGAACCUGUUUCUGUAGUGAACUGUUUAGCUUCUGAUCUAAGAAGAGUCAAUGUUGUGACCUUCAACAAAUGUAGACUUAGAACUUGUUUGUGUUAGUGAACUGAUUAGCUUUUGAUCUGAGAAAAGAUUUGAGUCACGCAAGUUUGAUGUUGCGAGCUUCGACAAAACACAGAUCUUGUGUCUCUGAUGACUUCUACUUUACUCUUUUCUUGUCUCUUGAAAUGUUUGGCUUAAAAGUGUUCUACUCGCAGGUGUGAACGUUUUUACAUUUGAAAUUGAUCUUGUUUGGGA